GUUUGCUCACUCAGCUCACGUACUUUGUGUGCAUCAGUCCUCCUGCCAACUCCACCGCGGCUCCAUCGCUCUCACAGUCUCACUCCAGCAGCAGCCAGGACGAACCUACUCCACCACCACCGCCACCACCAGAACGGAGGAUGCAGUAGAAUACCAAAACGUUGAGUAGACGGAGAAGAAGAGCGGAGUGGAGGAAGACAAACAUGACUGAUUGGCUGGAACUUGCUGGUGGGAGAGACAGAGAUAACUUAAACUAGGAUACAGCAAUUAUUAACUAAUAUCAUAUAAAUGAUAAACGUAGUUAUAUAGAUAUUGUAGAAGAAUUAACAUUACUAGUAAAUAUGAAGACGACACUGGAACAGGAUGAGGUCGUGUCCUCAUCAUCAUCAGCAUCGUCGUUGCCCUCCUCAAUACAACCAGAAUUGGCGAUAACAACAACGCUGCCACAAGAGUCGAAUAAUAAGGGGGUGGUUUCGAUAAAGUCGUCGUUGACGGAAGCGGCGUCACCUCCUUCGUCGCCCUCGUCCAGCUACGAAGCUCAUUGCUCGUUCGCGUCGUGUUCUUUCGUGUCGGAUUUUGAUACAGUGUUUCGUCAUGGGGUUGAAUUGCAUCAGAUUUACAUUUGUGUCUGCUGCUCGACCCAUUACGCCCUUCCCAAGGAGCUCAUGGUCCACCUCUACCGCGAGCACAGGGUUCCACCACAGAAAUUUCAUAAUGAGCCCGACUUCCUUCGGGCGGGAGGACAGGAAACGGUGCUGUGUUGUGUGGACUGUUCAGCAAUAUUUGAGCUGGACGGUAGUGUGGAGAAUCAACACGUCAUGCUGGACGAACAUGAGUGUUGUGGUGGGACAAUUACUAGGAGGAAUAACUUUAUGAAUUGUGAAGAUGUUCUUCCCAGCGAUAUGAAACAAUAUGACGAACGUGGUAGAGUCGGGAAAAGCCGACAUGACAAGAUCAAUGCCCCAAGAAAGACGAUAACAUUUAAUGAUGAUGAGGAAGUUAGUGUGACUUUGGUUGACAAGGAGGAGGAAGAUGGGCAAGAAGGUGACGAUGACGAGGGUCAUGCCAAAGUUAAUGGUGGAACAAUUAUUAAUGGUUUGAUGAUGAAUGGUCAUGGUGUCGACGAGGAGGAGGAGGAAGGAGAGGACAGACUCAUUAUUGCAGAGGAACAUUCCAGCAGCAAAUUUGAAAAUUUGGUCACACCAAAGAAACGGGGGAGGAAACCACGAUCGUACUACAGCGAUAUACUAUCAAACUCUGAAGUCAAGGUAGAAAUGUCAUCCUCCAUGGCCACGGCACCCAGUAGUAGGGGAUCGGUGAGAAGAACGGUCAGCCUAAUGUCAUCAUCGACAGAAAUCAGCCCAACUAGUGGAGUGGAUAGGCCACGAAGAACUUUGAGAAAAGUGACGAAUGACGACUUCAUCUUUGAAUCGGUGGCCAAGCGAAGGUCAUACCAGAGACAGGGAUCGACCCCAUUGCCAAAUGGUUCUUUUUCUGCUCAAGAGGUCUCCCCAGUUGCUACGACUAUGAAAAAGUUUAGGACACAGUCCGUCUCCUCGUCGCUGAUUAAGGUGGAAAAUAAUCAGACUAGUCUACACCAACAAAGUCCAAAGUUGCCACAUUUGAGGAUUAAAUUCGAAGAUGGGUACAAGACAUACACACCGAACCAAAAUAACUCGUACGAUCAAGAUGAAGAUGAUUCAUCGCAACCCGAUGAAGAACCAGAAGUGGAAGACGUCAAAUUGGAUCCUCUCCUCUUGGAAGUGGACCCCUCAAAACGCUUGAUAAUGUUGAUACAAGAAUUAUGCGAUAAACUUUCAAAUGAAUGGCCUGGUCCCGAUUGUCCCGGCUACACAACACAAGAGGAAGACGAUUCCAUCUACGAACUAGUAGUCAGUCACCCCUUAGAGGAUAAGAUGGAUGAGGAUAUUCUGAAUCAAAUGUUAAAAAAGACCGUAAUCAAUUGCACGUACUGUAGACAAGUCAAAUUAAUUCGGAUUGACAAAAGGCAAUUGGCGAUUCAUCUUUUUUCCAAGCAUUUGUGGUCAGUCAAAGUUAUCUCCACCGCAGAGGAAUCGAGUCUUAGUAUUGAUAACAGUGAUUCAGUAGUGGAACAAGGAGUGGCCGUUGUGAAACGAGAACCUCUGGAAGUUACAGAGGAAAAGGAGACAAAGGAAAAAUUACAUGUGAUUUGUCCCGACCCAAUUUCUUCAAGUGAUAGUAGGAAUAAUAAUUCUCCCCUAACAGCCGAGGAAACUGGAGGCAGUAGUUCUGUGCCAAAUCCAAACGAAAAAGUGGAGGGAGCUGUUCUAGGCUCCACAGAUUUACCAUCACCAUCAAGUCCUACUCUUACUAAAACAGCAGACCCAGCUCUUGCGGCCUCAUUGCCGGACCCUGAUAAACCUGAUCAAGUUGACAGUGUAAGCUUUUCGAUGAAUUCCUCAGUCGAGCAACAACAACGAAACGAAGAAGAGGAAGAUCGCAAAGAACUAUUACUCGGCGAAAAGAUGGAUGUGGACGAAGACGAGGUCAAUACUACCAUCGCUUCUUCCUCUUCUUCUUCUGCUUCGUUGUCCUUACCAAUAGGAAAAGGAGAUGAUGACCUAUCACAAUCCAAGGAUGAAGAGCUGCUAUUGACUGAACCAAUGGACACCACUGAUUUUACUCCAACUCCACUCAUCGCAUUAUCACCACCACUUACUGAAGGAGACAAUGCCAAUACCCAAGUCAAUAUUUUGCAUUCUCCGACCUCGUUUGUAAAAUUAGACUGCGUCGAGUUUCGACAAACCGUCCUCAAAAAAGUAUUCCUGUCCCCCUCCGUUCUCUUUUCCUACAAGGACUCAGCCAUGCCCCCAUUUGGCCAAAUCCCGUGCGAAUGUCUCCUCUGCGGAUACUUUGUCGAAUCCCAACAAAAUCUAUUUCCCCACUGGGGAAAGAUUCAUCGCGGAGUGGCCAUGAAGUGCGCCAUGUGUCAGGGUCGAUUCCUCUUUGCCGGGGCACUCUACUCGCAUCUCUGCUUCGGCACACCUAAUCCAAUUAUUAAGAAUGAAGUCGACCCCAAAUCUUUGUCUCACACGUCCGGCGGAAAGCAUCCUCCAUUUAUCAAUCUCCCCGACGCGGCUGCACACGGCCUGGGGGGUAACGAAUUCACCGUGUUGGAUGCCAAGGACGAUGACGGUUCCGCCGACACGAUCGUGCUCCGAUACCAGUGUAGCAUUUGCGAAAAUGUCCAACUCCCCGGCUUCUUCAACUACAUGGUCCAUUUGAGGAAGGAACAUAACCGGUGUGAGCUUUGUCUCGAGGAGUUGAAAAGCCAGAAAGAAUUGGAGCACCACAUGAAGAAGCACAAGUUGAACCACUUCUGCUGGAAAUGUGGCGUCACAUACUGUGCAAAACCCAACUUUAUGACUCACCUGUUUUGGAAGCAUGGAAGUGAAAGCAAGGAGUGUUCCGUUUGCUUAAAGAAGAAAUGGCCACACAUUUACCAUUUUUGCGUUCCACCCCAAGUCUACACGUGCGAGACGUGUGGUUUCUACUUCACCAAGGCAAAGUGCCUCGUCGUCCAUCGGAGGCUGCACACGGGGGAAAAAUUGAGAAAGUGUACCGUUGUGAAUUGCGGGGAAACUUUUAUUUCUAAAAAGUUGUUGGAAAAGCAUAUCCAAGGGAGUCAUAGUAAGAGGGAACUUGAAGAAGGCAUCAAGGUAGCAGUGGCGACAGAAGAAGCUGAGUCCCCAGCAGUGCCUGCUGGUGGUGUCGACACUGUUGACCACUCGAUGACAGCGAUGGAGAUGGAGCAUGACGAAGAUGCUGACAAAGACAUAAAAGUGAUAGGAAAAAGGGAGAAGGAAGAAGAAGAGGCUACAACAAUGCAAAUUUCAAAUAGUGAACUACAACCACCAUCAGAAUUUCCACCACCAUCAGAAUUGCCACCAUCAGAACUGGCACCAUCGUCAGAAUUGCCACCAUCAGAACUGGCACCAUCGUCAGAAUUGCCACCAUCAUCAGAAUUUCCACCGUCAGAAUUCCCAUUAUCAUCAGAAUUACCACCAUCAGAACUGGCACCUUCGUCAGAAUUGGCACCAUCGUCAGAACUGCCAACUUCGUCAGACUUGGCACCUUCAGAAUUUCCACCAUCGUCAGAAUUGGCACCAUCAGAAUUUCCACCAUCGUCAGAAUUGGCACCAUCAGAAUUUCCACCAUCGUCAGAAUUGGCACCAUCAGAAUUUCCACCAUCGUCAGAAUUGCCACCCUCGGAGGCUGCAGGCUGUUUAACUCCUCUGCUUCAUCUCACAUCUGUUGUAGACUGGCCAACACCGCCAAACUCUACAAUUGAAACCCCAUUACGAAAGUCUAAUGACGAACAGAAAGGAAGGACCACCCCCGAGACAAUGCUGGACGAAGAAGAAGUAGAAGAGAAACAACAACAGACGGAACCAUUCAAUCUUGAAGAGAUCCAGGGUCCUAAUUUGUCUGAGGAAGAAUCUGGCCUCUCUGAUGAUGACGACGAUGAGAAUUUUGGCUCCAUGUCUCCUCUUCUUGCCCCACUGGAUGAUUUCAACUUUGCCGUUCCAGACAUUCCGACAUUCGAAGACAACUCCCUCCCCGAACAUAUUAUCCGAGAGAAUGCCAUCUUUUCUCUCCUGAAUGAGCACGAUUAUUGUUUGAGAGUCAAUGUAAAACGGGAGCCCAACAACUCGCCCACAACCAUCCCUUCUCUCGCCACCUCGUCCUCCUGCUCUCGAUCAGGGAAGAAGGGUGAAUCGAAACACAAAAAGUUGAAAGGUUUGAACAAGUCUCCUCGUAAGCGUCACCACAGCAGUUCAUCCUCAUCGAGCUCGAGUUGCGGAAGUAAUUGUUCUUGUUCCAGUUCCUCUUCAAGUUCCUCAUCAUCGAGUGGAAAUUCUUCAUCUGAUGAUGAAUCGACUGCAGCGAAUAACAAUGCUGGCCGACGAUUCAAUCAAACCCUGAAAAUACCAAUCUAUCCUCGGAAAAAUUACUCCAGUCCGCAACAGCAACAACUACUAUCAGCGGAUGGGACUCCGAUAAAACGAGGACGGGGAAGGCCAAAGGGUUCUCUGAAUAGAAACAAGGACGGAAUUCCCACUGCAAAGAAGAAGUCGACUGGCGGUGCUGGUAAACGCAUUGGGAGAAUCAUCGUUCCCAAGCCUCCCCGUCCCACAAACCCCGAUGGAUCUCCAGUAAGGAGAAAGUAUCGAAAGCAGAAGGGAAAAUUUAGCCGAAAAUCAUCAUCUGCGUAUCAAGAAAAGGAGAACGAUAUGAAUGACGACGACCAACAAAAUCCAGUAUUUCCUGAGGAAAAUUUCCUCCUUGAAACGGACCUCGAAACGGAGGAUUCUGGCUCAGAGGAGCUCUAUGAUAAGAAACAACUGAGUGAAAUGAUUGGAAAGGUGCCUACGUUUGAUGAAAUUUGGACCAUGUCCAAUGAGCAGUAUCUCCUCAAGUUUGUCCGAGGAGUGAAGGAGCUGGAAGAAUUGAGGCCCGCGCCACUCCAGCCCAAGAUGACUAUUAAACUAAAGCACCAUCACAGCAACAAUGCUUCUUCUUAUCAGAGUGCCUCCCAAUCUCAGCACUAUAGCUUGCAACAGUUCAUCCAUAAUCCUCCCACGUAUACGGUGAAGCAGACGGGGAAUGCAGAGUCUCGCUUGAAAGUGAGAAACGUACCCAUUAAACCCUUAAUUUUCAAGAGAAACAUAGCGACCUUCCCAAUCAUCGCCCCACCCCCGACGCCAGCCUCACAAGCAACACUGGAAACUAAGGAUCAGAUUCUUAAAAAGAACCCUUUCGUUUGUCUCAGUCCUCUCCAAUCGCCUAUUGUGCGCACCAAACUACAACCACCAUCCAUGUACCACCACGGACACAAGUCAACUCCCGUCGUUCUGGGGCGAAAUCGACUAAAUACGAAUAACAACGGCAACGCCCUCCAAUCAUACAACCCGACCAUGGCGAUGAUGAUGACCGGCCAAUAUCCAUCCCCUCUUGCGGCGUCGAACCACUAUAAUCAUCUUCCCCAAUACAUGCAGCAGAAUAUACCCGAAGAAUCCAGUGCCUCUCCCCAAAUUCCAGUUCGUCGACCCAAGAUGAAGAUUGGAACGGGUCGUGGCGGUGGGAGGAAAUCAGUGGGUGGGAUUCAUAUCAACAUACUCCCCCCAAAACAACCUCUCAUGGAUACCAUGAUGGAAUCUUCUGGAAUCACCACGACCACGAGAGUAGGGGAGGAACAACUCUACUGUUUUUGUCAAUCCCCACACGACAAUGUGUCCCAAAUGAUUGGAUGUGAUUCCAAGGACUGCGAGUUCCAAUGGUUCCAUUUUGAAUGCGUCGGAAUCAUGAUUCCCCCGAAAGGGAAGUGGUACUGCUCAGACUGUAAGGAGAAGAGGAAACAAAACAAAGCUAUGAAAAAUAGAAACACGGAGUACCACCUCCAACAACAGCAUGCCCACGCCGAUUCUCUCAACAAUGGUUCAUCUACCCCCACUUCCUCACUUUUUACUGUUUAGAUGGUCAACGUUACAUUACAUUUUUUAGAGAGAGAGAGAGAGUCUAUUAUAUAUGUAACAAUCGUAUGAAAAAUGUAACUUAUUAUUUCUGACUUGAGUUAUUUCAGGAUUUGUUUUUCAUGGUCCGUAAGAUCAUUCAUCUCUUAUUGUUUCAGAAACUAGAUAUAACAAUUAUUAAUUAAUUACUUACUUGUACUUUUGAUUGACUUUACCUUUUAUAGUUUUUUGGGUAUAUAUACGUAUAUAUAUAUGUAUGAAUUAUCCUAUGAAUUUUUUUGUUGACAAUGUGUUUUCACUUGGUGGUAAUGUAUUUUUACUCUUCAAAUUCCAACCAAUUGAUCAGGAAAAUGUAUAAAAAAGCAUUGUCACACAUAAUAAGCAACGUUAAAUACGAGUCUUGAUUGUUAAAUUAGUCUGUCCAUCAAAGAAGAUUCAAAUGCUGAAAAUAAGAAUAUUCAUCUCUGUUAAGUACAUAAGUAACAAUUUUAAUUACUAUUAUUAUUAUAUUAUUAGUAUUAUGAUAAUAAAAGCAAAUACUACAGUACUACUACACCUUGUAACUUGCAAGUAAGUGGCGGCGUCGUUGCAAUAAAGUAAUAAAAUGGAAAUUGA